AUGGAAUUGGUUGAAGAAGAAGAUGAAGGUUCUUGUGAUGAUUACUCAGAGAUGGAGAGUGAUUGGAGAAAGCUUGAAGAUGAUGAUGAAAUUGAGAGAGUGAAGUGUGAAGCAGAGAAGGCUGCUGGUUUGAAUUUGUAUGGUGUUGUAUGUUCUGGUUUGCAGGGACUGGUUUUGAUUGAGUUAGACUUUGUAGGUGCUAAUUUGAAUGGUUGGUUUGAUGUGAUGGAGAAGAAGAGGAGACUGAAAUAUGAGCUGGAAAAUCGGAACAGGGAACAAGCCUUCAAGAUUCCAUUGGACUUUGGCCAAAGCAAUAUUAUUAUUUGUGAUGCCUUUUUUCUAUAUGGUUCUCCUGGUGUUAUUCUUGCCUACCUUGAAUCUCAACUUCAGGAGAUAGAUGGUUCUGAUGCAAGACUUGCAGAUUAUUUUGAUGUAAUUACUGGAACAAGUACAGGUGGUCUCAUUACAGCCAUGUUAGCUACUCCAAAUCCAAAGAACAACAACCGUCCUUUAUUUGAGGCAAGAGAAAUUGUUCCAUUUUACCUUAAACAUUUGCCACAUAUUUUCCCACAGAAAAGUGGAAUAUUUGCGCCGAUCAUGAACGUAGCGAAAGCUUUAUCAGGACCUAAGUAUAAUGGGAAGUAUCUCCAUAAGAUAAUAAGAGAGAUGACAGGGAACACGCUUUUGAGCCAAACUCUCACAAACAUUGUUAUUCCAUCUUUUGAUGUUGAGAAUCUUCAACCUACCAUUUUUUCCUCCUAUCAGAUUGACGCGGAGCCAGCUUUAGAUGUUAUACUGUCUGAUAUUUGCAUAGCCACAUCAGCUGCUCCAACUUAUUUACCUGCUCACUAUUUUGAGACAAAAAGUGAACAAAGAAGAGUGAUUAAAAAAUACAAUCUCAUCGACGGCGGUGUUUGUGCUAACAAUCCGACCAUGGUUGCAAUAAGAGAAGUGACAAAGGAUUUGAUAAGGCAGCCAAAAGGGAGAAGUGCAAAUGAUGCGGGUGUAGGAUACGAUCGUUUUCUUGUGAUAUCAAUAGGGACAGGUUCAAACAAGAGUGAGAGAAAGUACAAUGCUAAGAUGGUAUCAAAAUGGGGUGCAUUGACAUGGUUAUUCAACUCUGGUGCAACUCCAGUUCUUGAUUGUUUCAGUGAAGCUAGCACUGAUAUGGUUGAUUACCAUAACUCUGUGCUUUUUACUGCACUUCAAUCUCAAGACAAUUACCUCAGAAUUCAAGAUGAUACAUUAGAGGGAGAGCUAGCAUCUGUGGAUAUAUCUGCUAAAGAUAAUCUGAAUAAUCUGGUGAAAGCUGGUGAGAAUUUAUUGAAGAAAAAAUUUACUAGAGUGAAUCUAGACUCAGGCAUAUAUGAAACAGUUCAUGAUAAAGGUACCAUUCAGGAAGAACUCAAAAGGUUUGCUAAUAAACUGUCAGAGAUAAGAAAAGAGAAAAAGUCCAAGCAUAAAAAUGGCAAGUGAAUGAGUGAUCACUAGAUUGAAAAUGUCAUUAAUCCAUUGCUGAAGCUCUAUAUUUUAUUUUAUUUGCUUAAUCAGUAAUUUCAGUAGCAUUAUAUCAGAUG